AUGGUUUUGAUAUGGAUCGACGGUCUUGGGUCGGCUAUAUGGAGUGGUCUACUAAAGAAGCUAUAUGAGACGCAUGAAAGGCUUCUAGAUCUUGUUUCAUUAUUCUGUUAUGUUCCAAGAACAAAGUAUCUACCUCUAGGGCCAACAAGUGCAAAGCUGAUUGAGAUAUAUCGGAAUCGGCAUAAUAUUACUGCAUCAAGUGGCAUGAGGGAUGUUGCUGUGUCUACAGGGAUUUCUGAACUGUUAUAUGAGUCCAUAAAACCAGCAGCUGUGGAGUCUGACAAUAAUCUUGAUGAUGAUCUGGUAAAUGCUUGGGCAACAGGUCUUGCUGAUGAUGGCUUGUGGGGAAGCAAUGCUCCUGCAAUGAAUAGGGUUAAUGAGUUUCUUGCUGGUGCUGGGACUGAUGCACCUGAUGUUGAUGAGGAGAACAUUAUUUCAAGACCUUCAAUGAGUUAUGAUGAUAUGUGGGCAAAAACUCUGUUAGAGACUGCAGAAGUUGAUGAUGACGGGAGGUCUUCUGGAUCCUCUUCUCCAGAUUCAGUAGGGUCGGUUGAGACAUCAAUUUCAUCUCAUUUUGGAGGAAUGAAUUAUCCAUCUUUGUUCAGUUCCAAACCAUCAGCUUAUGGAUCUUCACAACCCACGAUUCGCGAAGAGCCUCCUCCAUACUCAUCUCCGGUUCAUCAAAGAUUCGAGUCAUUUGAGAACCCGUUGACCAGACAGGGGUCAAGCAGCUUUGAGUCUCAUGAAGAGGAAAGAGGAGAAAGAUCACGAUCCUCUACAGGGAAUGCACAAUCUGGAUCACUUUAUGACUUCACAGCCGGUGGUGACGAAGAUAUGUUGCAGUCUUGUAGAAAGUGGAAACCGUACAAUUUAUCCAACCUUUGA